AUGUCGGUUCUUAUAAGCGAAAGCUCUACCAAGGACUUCAAGGUCAACAAAGGGCUUAGACAAGGAGAUCCUUUAUCUCCUUUUCUUUUCAUCUUAGUGAUGGAAGGGUUGAAUGCCCUUACGAAGAAAGCUGAAGAUCUGGCUCUGUUCAAGGUUUUCGGUGAGGUGUCCCACAACAUUAUCCAAUUUGCAGACGAUACGACGUUCAUUGGAGAAGGUAACUGGGAUAAUUUAUGGUUUGCGAAAGCUAUGCUCAGAGGUUUUGAGCUGAUCUCCGGAUUGAAAGUCAACUUCUUCAAAAGUAGCUUAUAUGGAGUUAACUGUAAGAAAGGUUUUUUAGAUUCAGCUGCUGAGUUUUUGAACAGUGAGGUGAGUUCCCUCCCUCUUAAAUUCUUUGGAACCUUUGUUGGUGAUAGUCCGCGUAGAAUUCGUAUGUGGAGUCAUGUGAUCGAGUUAUUUAGGAGUAAGUUGACGGUGUGGAAGAGUAAAAAACUUGAGCAUUGGAGGAAGAGUAAAAAACUUUGA